GGCAGGACGAUGGCCAAUUAUCUCCAACUCAGUCCACACCCGACCGCUCGCAUUUUGGCGGGCGUACGUUCGCUUCCUCCUCCUCCUGCGGCUCAGCUUCUCCCGACCUGCAACGCGUUUGCCGGACGCAAGGCCGCCGCCUUCAGACCCGCGCGGCGCUUCGUUCUAGGCCUCGGGGCCUCGUUCUGGGCUCAGUCCAUGGCCACGUCCGGCGCGUUCGGCGGGAAGUCCUUCCUCGCCUCCGCAAGGCCUUCUUCGAACGUCGAGCAGGUAUUGAAGAAUGCGGAAUGGCCAGAACAAUUUCCCUUCAAAGAGGAGGAUUUUCAGCGCUUUGACGAAUCUUCUGAUUCCCUGUUCUACGAGGCUCCUCGUUUCGUGACACAUAUAGACGAUCCAGCCAUUGCUGCACUCACUAAGUUCUACUCAAAGGUCUUACCUCGUAGCAACAGUCCCGGAGUCAGCAUCCUUGAUAUGUGUAGCAGUUGGAUAAGCCAUUAUCCAGCAGGAUACAAGCAAGAGAGGAUAGUAGGAAUGGGAAUGAAUGAGGAAGAGCUCAAGCGAAAUUUGGUCCUAACUGAGUACAUUGUCCAAGACUUGAAUGUGAAUCCUAAACUUCCAUUUGAAGAUAAUUCCUUUGACGUCAUCACCAAUGUGGUCAGUGUUGACUAUCUGAGUAAGCCUCUUGAUGUUUUUAAGGAGAUGUCUCGGAUUCUUAAGCCAGGAGGCCAGGCAAUAAUGAGUUUCUCCAACCGUUGCUUUUGGACCAAAGCAAUCUCGAUAUGGACAUCAACAGGUGAUACAGAUCAUGUUUUGAUUGUUGGGUCGUACUUCCAUUAUGCAGGAGGAUUCGAGCCUCCUCAGGCUGUGGAUAUUUCUCCAAACCCUGGGCGAUCAGAUCCAAUGUACGUAGUGUACUCAAGAAAGGCCUUGACGGCUUGAGAUUCAAGAGCGCGCGAGGCAUCGCCCUUUCCAAAGUAGGGAGAAGAAGUAAGAUGGCCUUCAACCGAUGCAUCUUCAGAUGGCCGCUACCACUCAUAAUUCGCCAGGACGACGCAUUCUAUGAGGUAUAUAGCCACUCAUUGUACUUUUGGGUGCACCAAAAAAUAGGUGAUCUUAGAGGCCAGUUAACUAUUGGCAUUUUAUUGUGUAAGUGAUUAUCAACUCUUGCCAUUAGAGUUGAUGCUGUUAGGUAUACAUUGAAUCAAUUUUGUGUUUAUUUGCAACUCAUGUCAUAUUAAAGAGUGUCAUGUGGUUUUGAACGUUAGUAAGAAAUGAGUUCCCUCAGCAUCCUAGCA